UCACAGCAACAACCCCCCCCCCGUUCCAGAAGCUGCGCGUCAACCAGCCGGACCGCGGAGCUGACGGCGACCUGGACCCGUCUGGUUUUCAGUCCUGGAUUAGGAAAGACAUCAGGUCUGAACAUUCCUGGUUUGCAUCUUAGAAUUAAUCUCCUGGAGGUUAAGCUUCGGAACGUCCCGAAGCGGGUUUUGUCAACAUGCCGGCGGGAUCUGUACGACUGCAAAGCAUAAAAAAACUGGGACAGGACAACCACAGCUAUGAAGUUUCAGGCGAAGAGCCAGCUGGGUCCUACAUGUCCAUGACUAAUCCGAAGAACAAGGAGAAGGAUCAAGAAAAUAAAGAGCAACCAGCAAUUAGAGUUGGCUUCUUCCAGCUGUUCCGCUUUUCCACCUGCAAGGAUGUGGCGAUGAUGGUGGUGGGCAGCCUGUGCGCGGUGCUGCACGGCUCGGCCCAGCCCCUCAUGCUGCUGGUGUUCGGCCUGCUCACCGACACCUUCAUCGAGUACGACAUCGAGCUCAACGAGCUGAGUGACGACCGCAAGGAGUGCGUGAACAACACCAUCCAGUGGAAGAGGAACUACACCGUAGUGCAAGACCCGACUCAGCCCCUGAACCAGUCGGACCUGGCCUUUAUUAUCAACUCCACGCUGGAGAUGUUCACCCCGCUGGGAAACAGGUCAUGUGGGCUUCUCGACAUCGAACAUGAAAUGACCAUGUUUGCCUUCUAUUACGUUGGGAUUGGAGCGUCUGUGUUCCUGCUUGGAUACCUGCAGAUCUCUAUGUGGGUGACAGCCGCUGCCAGGCAGAUUCAGCUCAUCAGGAAAAUGUACUUCAGCAAAGUGAUGAGGAUGGAGAUCGGCUGGUUCGACUGCACCUCUGUGGGCGAGCUCAACACUCGCAUGUCGGAUGACAUCAACAAGAUCAACGACGCCAUUGCGGAUCAGGUGGCCAUAUUUGUCCAGCGCUUCACCACGUUUGUGUGUGGCUUCUGCGUCGGGUUCGUGAAAGGGUGGAAGCUGACGCUGGUCAUCGUCGCCGUCAGCCCCCUGAUUGGGGUCGGAGCGGGCCUCAUGGCUCUGUUCGUGGCCAAACUGACUGGGAUGGAGCUGCAGGCCUAUGCAACAGCUGGCGCUGUGGCUGAUGAGGUCCUUUCUUCCAUCAGGACUGUGGCUGCGUUUGGAGGGGAGCAAAAGGAAGUGGACAGGUAUGACAAGAACUUGAUCUCGGCCCAGCGGUGGGGCAUCAGGAAGGGAAUGAUCAUGGGUUUCUUCACCGGAUACAUGUGGCUGAUCAUCUUUCUGUGCUACGCUCUGGCCUUCUGGUACGGCUCGACUCUUGUCAUAGACACCGAGGAGUACACGCCAGGAACGCUGCUGCAGGUGUUUUUCGGGGUGCUGAUUGCAGCCAUGAAUUUAGGACAGGCCUCCCCGUGUCUGGAGGCCUUUGCAGCUGGCCGAGGGGCGGCUACCAUAAUAUUUGAGACUAUUGACAGGGAGCCGGAGAUUGACUGUUUGUCAGAGGCGGGAUACAAGCUGGACCGAGUCAAAGGAGAUAUCGAAUUCCACAAUGUGACCUUCUACUAUCCAUCCAGACCAGAGGUUAAGAUCCUGGACCAGCUCACGGUUGCGGUGAAGUCAGGUGAGACCACCGCCUUCGUGGGGCCAAGCGGGGCGGGCAAGAGCUCGGCCAUUCAGCUCAUCCAGCGCUUCUACGACCCCAAAGAAGGCAUGGUGACGCUGGACGGUCAUGACAUCAGAGGCCUGAACAUUCAGUGGCUGCGCUCCCUGAUUGGCAUCGUGGAGCAGGAACCCGUGCUGUUCGCCACCACCAUCGCGGAGAACAUCCGCUACGGCCGACCCGGGGUCUCCAUGGACGACAUCGUCUCUGCCGCAAAGGAGGCCAACGCGUACAACUUCAUUAUGGACCUCCCACAGAAAUUUGACACGUUGGUCGGGGAAGGCGGGGGCCAGAUGAGCGGCGGGCAGAAACAGAGGAUAGCCAUCGCUCGCGCUUUGGUCAGGAACCCACGCAUCCUGCUGCUGGACAUGGCGACUUCUGCUCUGGACAACGAGAGUGAAGCCACUGUUCAGGAAGCUCUGGAUAAAGUACGCAUGGGACGCACCACCAUCUCCAUCGCUCACCGGCUGUCCACCAUAAAGAACGCAGACAUAAUUGUUGGCUUCGAGCACGGCCGGGCGGUGGAGAGGGGCAAACACAACGAGCUGUUGGAGAGGAAGGGGGUGUACUUCACUCUUGUCACCCUGCAAAGCCAGGGAGACAAGGCUUUGAAUGAGAAAGCCCGGGAAAUGGCUGAGGGGGAAGAGCAGGAGCCACAGAGGUUAAAUCUAUCCAGAGCGGGCAGCUAUCGCGCCAGUUUGAGAGCCUCGAUCCGCCAGCGCUCCCGAUCGCAGCUCUCCAACCUGAUCCCAGAAUCCUCAGUUCCCAUCGCUGGAGAUUUGGGCCCCAGAGCCUACUCUAUGUCUCAUGAAGAUAAAUAUAAGAAAGCCGCGCCAGUGGAGGAGGAGGAGGAGGAACUCGUGGAACCUGCUCCAGUUGCCAGGAUUCUGAAAUACAACUUACCGGAGUGGCCCUACAUGCUGUUUGGAUCUCUCGGGGCUGCAGUAAACGGAGGAGUUAACCCAGUUUACUCGCUGCUGUUCAGCCAGAUCUUGGCGACGUUUGCUGUGACGGAUCCCGAGGCUCAGAGGAGGGAGAUUAAUGGAAUCUGUGUGUUCUUUGUUAUUGUUGGAGUCAUCUCUUUCUUCACCCAAAUGCUGCAGGGUUAUGCCUUCGCCAAAUCUGGAGAGCUGCUGACCCGCAGGUUGCGGCGAAUUGGUUUCAAAGCCAUGCUCGGGCAAGAAAUUGGCUGGUUUGAUGAUCACAGGAACAGCCCUGGGGCCCUGACCACACGCCUGGCAACGGAUGCCUCACAAGUGCAAGGGGCUACAGGCUCCCAGAUUGGCAUGAUCGUCAACUCUCUGACCAACAUCGGCGUGGCCCUCAUCAUGUCCUUCUACUUCAGCUGGAAGCUCACGCUGCUCAUCCUCUGCUUCCUGCCAUUCAUCGCACUCUCGGGCGGCUUCCAGGCCAAGAUGCUCACGGGUUUCGCCAAGCAGGACAAGCAGGCCAUGGAGUCCGCUGGGCAGGUUUCGGGCGAGGCCCUGAACAACAUCCGCACCAUCGCAGGCUUAGGGAUGGAGAGGAGCUUUGUGGAAAAGUACGAGGCUCACCUGGACUCUCCGUAUCAAGCGGCCUUGAAGAAGGCGAACGUGUACGGGGCUUGCUACGGCUUCGCCCAGUGUGUGAUCUUCCUGACGAACGGCGCGUCCUUCAGGUUCGGAGGCUACCUGGUGGAACAGGAAGGGCUCCAUUUCAGCCUGGUGUUCAGGGUGAUCUCGGCGAUCGUCACCAGCGGCACAGCUUUAGGCAGAGCCUCCUCUUACACGCCGGAUUACGCCAAGGCCAAGAUAUCAGCAGCGCGCUUCUUCCAGCUGCUGGACCGUGUGCCUCCAAUCAGCGUCUACAGCAACAGGGGAGAAAAAUGGGAUAACUUCCAAGGGAACCUUGAGUUCAUAGACUGCAAGUUCACUUACCCCACCAGGCCCGACAUCCAGGUCCUGAAUGGCUUAAAUGUGUCGGUGAGGCCCGGACAGACGUUGGCCUUCGUGGGCAGCAGCGGCUGCGGGAAGAGCACCAGCGUGCAGCUGCUGGAACGGUUCUACGAUCCUGAUCACGGCAAAGUGCUGAUUGAUGGCCACGAGUCGACUCGCGUCAGCGUGCCCUUCCUUCGUUCCAAGAUUGGCAUCGUUUCCCAGGAGCCCGUGCUGUUCGACUGCAGCAUCGCGGACAACAUCAAGUACGGAGACAACUUGCGGGAAAUCAGCAUGAACGAAGUCAUCUCCGCUGCCAAGAAGGCCCAGCUCCAUGACUUUGUUAUGUCACUACCAGAGAAAUACGACACCAACGUGGGCUCUCAGGGCUCCCAGCUGUCUCGUGGCCAGAAGCAGCGCAUCGCCAUCGCCAGGGCGAUCAUACGAGACCCGAAGAUCCUGCUCCUGGACGAGGCCACCUCGGCCCUGGACACGGAGAGCGAGAAGACUGUGCAAGAAGCCCUGGACAAAGCCAGGGAGGGACGCACGUGCAUCGUCAUCGCUCAUCGCCUGUCCACCAUUCAGAACUCUGACAUCAUCGCCGUCAUGUCCAGGGGCUUUGUGAUCGAGAAAGGCUCGCACGACCAGCUGAUGGCCCUGAAGGGGGCCUACUACAAGCUGGUGACGACGGGAGCGCCGAUCAGCUAACUGCCCACAGACGCAGCCAGAAGUGCCCUCUCUCGGCUGAUCGGGACUGAAAGUAUGCCUAACAUGACAUCAAGCACACAAAAAGAUGUAUAAACCGAUUUACUGUUGCGCUAUUUAUUAUAUGGAAUAUUGAGAAGCUGGAGACUUCAUAAACGGGGGGAAAUCAAGAGAUUGCGGUGCUUAGAAAUAGCUGCACAGGUUUUUUGUUUCUGAUAGCUCUAAACAUCUAGCAAGUACAACAUCUACUGUACAAAAUCAAUUGCUAGCAGCAGCGGAGCAAAUUAAGCUUUUACACUAGAACUUAAAUUUAAUUAGAAUUUUUAUUUACUUCCCACUUUGUGAACUGAAUGAUUAAUUUGCUACGGAAGAAUAUAUUGCUUUAUUUACACAUUAGUAUGAGCCAGCGUGUCCUUUCAAGCCUGUUUUACUAUAGAAUUUAAUAAUGUGUUUGAUCUUCUACAUAAUGUGACAAAUUCAUGGUGAUGGAUAAUAACGAAAAGUGUGCUGUUAGUGUAAGAAAGCUCUGCCAGUUUAAUUUCCUCAUAUAGGAGGUAACAAAAAAAGAAAAGAAAAAGUGGACUGAUCAUGUACAUUACCUCUAACUUUAGCUGGAAAAUUAGCAAUCGUCAUUUUUGUAAGCUUUAGCUAAUAGCAUCUGACUUAACUAUAAUGAUUAGAUUUAAUAACCAAAACUAUAUAGCAUUAUAUAUAUUAUAUAAUAUUUUUUUUCAUGUAUUAUGUAUUUGUUUGAUAUUAAAUAAAGCUGUCUCUAUCUUU